CUAAUCAAUUUUUAUUAUCGAUUAUAAAUCAGAUUGACUACAUGAAUUUUGCUGAGUCCACAUAUUAGUAUGGUCGGGUGCGUUCAGUCGGGUCCGGCGUUUGGGAGGGGCGGAGCUGUCGCUUUGUCAGCUGACGCAACGUACCAGCUGAAACUUGAGUGGGGGGCGCAAGUCACUGCAGCAGUAUGUUCACAGAAACAGGUACAGGUGAGUGAAGGGAUUCCCGCUCAGUGAUUGGUCCAGACAGCCUGGUGACGAUGUCAUCAGUGAAUGUGGAGUGUGUGGUGAAAGCGAGUGCUCUGAUUGGUGAAGGGCCGGUGUGGGAGGAGUCAGAGCAGACGCUGCUGUUUGUUGACAUUGCCGGGCAGAAAAUCCAUCGCUGGAGUCCAACGACAAAUCAGAUCCAGUCUGUGGAGACAGGUGACACGGUGGGCUUCGCAGUUCCUCGUAGGUCAGGUGGUUAUGCAGCAGGUGUGGGACGCAGCAUUGUGGCUGUCGAUUGGCUGACUCAGAAAUUGACAUCACUGGUGGAGGUGGAUGAGGACAAACCAAACAACCGACUGAACGAUGGAAAGGUUGAUCCGUUUGGACGUCUCCUGGCAGGUACGAUGGGGAAGGAGCAGCAAGGGUCUCUGUUCUCUGUGGCCUCUGACCUCACUGUGACCAAACACCUGAGCCAGGUGGACAUAUCUAAUGGUUUGGACUGGUCUUUGGAUCAGAAGACGUUUUUCUACAUUGACAGUUUGUCUCUGACCGUUGAUGCGUUCGACUAUGACUCAAACUCUGGAUGCCUUGGUAACCGUCGUGUGGUGUACCGUAUGGAGGAGGGGGAGGGGCUUCCUGAUGGGAUGACAGUUGAUGCUGAAGGUCGUCUCUGGGUUGCCUGUUACAAUGGAGGACGAGUCAUCAACAUUGACCCUGCCACUGGUGUGCGGCUGCAGACAGUCUCUCUCCCGGUGAUGAAGACCACUUCCUGUUGUUUUGGAGGUCCAGACUACUCUGACCUCUACGUGACCUCAGCUAGUCUGGGCCUUGACCAAUCAGAGAGUAGCCAGCAGCCACUCGCCGGACACACCUUCAGGGUGAGAGGACUUGGGGUCAAAGGUCGACCUUCAAACUCGUUCUCAGGGUGAUCUUCAGGCCAAAUCACAGCACAGAUUACCUCCAGGAAGUGGCUUAUUAACUGUUAGCUCACUGCAGCAAUCAAUAACUUCAUUGAUUAAUCGUUUAAUAAUAUAUAGUUCAAAUUUGUAGUUUUUAUCUUUAAAUAACUAAAUGAAGAGAGAGCCAAUUAGAAACAAGGAAACUGUGGGGCGUCGUGUAGCGUAGUGGUCUAAGCAGGCGCCCCAUGUGUAGAGGCUACAGUCCUCGCUGCAGUUGGCCCCGGUCGGACGGCCUCUCGCUGCAUGUCAUUCCCCCUCUCUGCCUCCCUGUUUCCUGUCUCUCUCCACUAUACUAUCAAAUAAAGGCAUAAAAAGCCCAAAAAAUAUACUUAAAAAAAAAAAAAAAAAAAAAAAAGAAACAAGGAAACUGUCACAUUGACAUUCAACAGCCAAUCAGAGUCAACCAAACUUGGUAUAUAUGUGACUUUGUAUAACUGGUGAAAAUAAAUAAACGUUGAGCAUCAGAGUUUUAAAGAUUCAUAUCUCCGAAGUAAAACAUGGUGACGGAUGAAAGUAAAAUUUUUAUAAUCUGCUGUUUUGUGAACGGAGCGACAAACAUGAAGUUGCUGCUAAUGUAAGAUGAACAUUUCCUACUGCUACAGCUUCACAGUAAAAGCACUGGCACAAUUUGACUAACCCUAACCCUGAAGUAGUCACAAAACAAAAUGUGUAUGUCAGAGAGCUUCGUGUUUAUCACCAUUGUUCAUCAGAACUGUUUCUAAAAUAACAGCGGUCUGCACACCUGCAGCUCCUCAGCCCGGUAACUGACUCCUGUCACAGCCUCAUGGCGUGUGUCUGUCUGACUAUUGUUGAACACCUGCAGCCAAGGCCGGAUACUGAGGAUUGUGGUUUAUGUAGUUUUCCUGUUAUUGUGACUGUGGUGAAAUGUAUUAAAGUGACAGAGCAUCA